CCUCUCCAACCCCCACCCACCAUGCCGCCAGCAUUACCACAGCCACCAGCAAGCGCGACCGGGCAGGGGAUGUACCCGUACAGCGCCAACACGUCGACGAGCACGGUGUCGCAGACGCCCCGUUCGGUGCGCGACUCGCGCGCGUCGCCUCACCCGGCAGCAGCACCAGCGCAGCACCUGCAACAGCCGCCCGUGAACGAGGCCAACAUCCUCGACCGGCAGUUGAACCGCUCGCGCGGGGCCGAGGUGUCGCUCUCGGCGUGGUCGUUCCUGUUUGCCGAGAUUGUCGCCUACUCCCAGAGCCACGUGGACAGCGUUGCGGAUCUCGAGAAGCGCCUCACAAGUCUGGGUUACGAGGCGGGCCAGCGUGUUCUCUCGCUGCUGCUGUUGAGAAACGCCCAGGCUGCCGGGAUGAAGGACCCGCGCCGCGAGAACCGGUUGAUCCCCAUCCUCCAGUUCGUGCACACCCAGGUGUACAAGUACUGCUUUGGACGGCCGGCCGACGGCCUCGAGCGCAGUGUCGAGGGCGAGGAUGAAUACAUGAUCACGAUGAACCAGCCACCAUUGACGCAGCACAUCUCCAUCCCCAAGGACAUGUCGCAGCUGAGCUGUGAGGCGUUCACUGCGGGCAUUGUAGAGGGCGUGCUCGACGGACUGGAUGUGCCAUCGCGCGUCACAGCACACACUGUCGUCACGGACCAGUAUCCCCAGCGGACAGUCAUCCUCGUCAAGCUGGACGCCCGGGUGAUGGACCGUGAGGCAGGCCUGUCAAAGUAGUCUGCCUAUGGUCGCUAUGCAUGAGUUAUGUGUGAUGCAAUGUUGUAUUCUAACGGCUCCUAAAUGCUGAAACGGCAAUGCUGACCAGCCCAACCACUGUGGCUCCAGCCACGGCUCCAGCGACACCCGCCGCUCCCAGGUCGCGUUCGACCGUCGGUGGGGAAAUGCGGCCCAGCUGGGCAACAAUCCACGAGAGCAGCUCCGACUGUUUUGACGAGCUUGGGGCGGCGGCCGACAGCUGUUCGAUGGGCGACAGGGUCGUGGCCUCGCUGGGUGUGGGCGACGGCUUGACCUCGGAUUCUUCAGUCUGCUGGGACGCAGCUGCUUGUGGUGCCUCGGCAACAACUUCGGACUCUGUUGUCGGGGAGACAGUCGCAACGGCGGCGGCGGUGGCCCCUGUGGUGGCCGCGGGAUCCAGCUUCGCCACAGCAGCAGACAAAUGGCUGAUCUCGCUCUCGACGCGCGACAUCAUGCCCGACAUGCGCUCCUCCAAGCCCCCUACGAGACGGCGGCGUUUCCACGGCUCGACAAACGCGAUCGCGCCAACAAAGACGAUCAGGUUGGCAGCGAGGGCGAUGAGGCCGGCCCAGGUGGACACGCUGCGGAUCUUGUCGCUCCAGACCUGUUCUUCGUGGUAGCGCUCGAGAAUUGACUGCAUGAGCGAGGUGAAGGCCUUGUCGACGUCGAUCUCGGACUUUUUGAGCUGCUCCGACGUCGUCGUCACUGCAUGCCUCGAGGCAUGGUCGGACCUGACGAGCGACGUGAAGUUGGCAACGUCGCUGUCGCUCCACGAGUGCUUCCGUUCGAGCAGAGCAUUGACGCUCUGCUGUGAUGUCGCACGGGUGGAGACGGCCUCCUCGUAGUCUUUCUUUGCGACGCGUGCCUCCUGGCGCCUGGAACUGAGGUCGUGUUCUUGGUCCUUGACAGCCUGCUUUAGCAGCUCGACCUCGCGGUAUCCUGUCGCCUCGUUGACCUUGAGGCCAAGGAAAGUCAGGCCCUUGUAUGCAUUGUCGGCCAGUUCACGGCUCUUCUUGUCCAGUGACUCCUUCCACUCGUUGAUUCGAGCCUGGUAUUCGCCGUUGGGGUCGAGACGGUCGAGGGCCGAUGAGCUUCCUCCAGUGGGGGUGGUGGUCGUGCCAUUGUCAGGAGGGCUUGGGUCGGGGCUGGAGUCGGGACUUGGGUUGGGACUUGGGUUGGGGCUGGGGUCGGGGCUCAAGUCGAGAGUGCUCGGCCGAGAGGCCGCAGUCACUGGCUCACUGCCGUCGCCGAGUGGGAUUGCGACAUCGCUGAGCAGAGGAAGCUCGGACGGACUUGGACUUGGACUGGGGUCUGAUGGGAGUGAUGGAGACUCUGGUGCCUUUGCCGGGUCUGCAUCCGAACUUGACGAACUUGGAAAUGAAUGUGGAGGAGGAGGGGUAGGGAGGGUCGAGUACUGUCGAGCCAGGCCACAGCGCGUUACAAGGUUUCUGGGGCCGAGCAAGAGGGAUCGGUGCCGGACGAGGAGGGCCAUGGCAUACCGAUGCCGUCGUGUUUGCUCCUGUGUUGUUUACGCGUGUUUUGUUUUUGUUGCCUUGGCGAUGGGAACGCGAGCGAGCGAGACGAG